CUGCCUUUCGUCUCCUCUACUCAGCCACCUUUGCCUUCUGAACUGCAUACAGAGAGAGAACCUACACUUCUACAGCCAUGACGACCGUCGUAUUGAAGAUGCUGUGCGUUCUGCUCUGUGCAGUGUUCGCCUCUGCUGAUGUCAUGCCCAUGACUGACUUCGACCUGGAACAGAUGGGAGGAAAGUGGUAUCUCAUUGGCUUUGCUACAAAUGCAAAAUGGUUUGUCAGUCACAAAGAUGACAUGAAAAUGGGAACUGCCAUGAUGACGCCUACAGAGGACGGAGAUCUUGAUAUCAGUUACACUAACAUGAAGACUGAUGGUACCUGCUGGAGAAUGACACACCUCGCGAAGAAAACCGAGACUCCGGGACGUUUUCUCUUCUACAGCCAGCGUUGGGGAAAUGACAACGACAUGCGUGUGGUUGAUGCCAAAUUUGAUGAGUACGCUCUCGUUCACACCAUCAAGACCAAGGGAGGCGUUUCUGAGAUUCUCAACAAAUUCUACAGUCGUACUACAGAAAUUACUGACGACUUGAAAGAAAAGUUUAGGCAGUUCUCUGUGGACACCGGCAUCCUUGAGGAAAACAUCGUCAUGCUGCCACCAAACGGAGAAUGCUCAGUUGCCUAAACGUCUCAAAGACAAAAAGACAAAGACAACUUCAGCUGGUCUGAUCAUUUCACCUGAGAAACUGAUGUGAAUUCGCUGGCCCUCUUGUCUGCUAGGUUUUUGUCUCUCAUUUUGUAUGGAAACAUCAGUUUUGUUUUUGCCU